CCUCAAAACAUCCAAACUGCAAAUACCUCAGAUUUUUUUUCCCACCAAAAGUACCAGAAAACAGGGUAAAAGAAAAGCAAGAAAUAUGGCAACACCCUUUCUCUCAACUGCAAACACCUUUCAUCCUUCUCCUCUAUCCUCUUCAGCAUCUUCUUCCUCUUCUUUAUCAACAUCCCCAUCAUUAUUUCACCCUUCCACCCAGAAUGCAAAGAGAAAAUUAGCUAUAUGCAAGGCAGUCAAUGAAUCAGCACCACUCUCUCUGAAUCUUACCAAAAGAAGCCUUUCUAUCUGCUUCAUCACCAGCUUUGGCCUCUUGUUUUCUGGUAAAGGCUGCCCCAGUGCAAAUGCAGCAAUUCUGGAGGCUGAAGACGAUGAGGAGCUCUUGGAAAAGGUCAAGAGGGACAGAAAGAAGAGGCUUGAGAAACAAGGAGUCAUUAGCUCAUCCAACAAAGAAACAGGAUAUCUGCAGGAUCUGGUGUACAGGCUGAGUAAAGUUGGUCAAGCCAUUGACAAUAACGAUCUAUCUACAGCUAGUUCAGUUCUUGGGGGAAGUACCAAUACAGACUGGGUUAAGAAUGCCAAUAUAGCCUUCACCAAGCUGAGUUCUAGUCCUGAAGAGAAGACUGAAGUGGAUACGUUCAAUUCCUCAUUGGCUUCAUUGAUCUCAUCAGUUACUCGUAAUGAUGUUGAGUCCUCCAAACUUGCUUUUGUGUUGUCAGCAAGCGCAUUUCAGAAAUGGACAGCAUUAACCGGGCUUACUGCACAGCUUAAGGGGCUUUGAACAGAAACCACAGUUUUUUUUUCUUUUAUUUUUUUUUGAGUUGGCUUUCUUCGGUUAAUCCUCCAACCUCUUGUUCAUGUCAUCCAGUAGCAAGCUAUCUUCAUUGUUUCAGUCAGCCAUUACAAGUCCCGAUCAACUGGCUAUGAGUCGUAAUGCUCAGUUUGAUUGAGCUUCGAUUUUGAGUAUCAACAUUUCUCACCAUGCAUUGCAAAUUUUGCCGUCACCAUUCUUUAGAAAUUGGAUUAAUUGAAUGGAAGUUUGUUGUUUCUGCUUAACA